AAACUUCAAAACCGCAUGCAAAAAUCACGAAAUUCAUAUCGCGAGAUAAACAAGAUUACGUGAUACGAAAUAAUAUUGACGCAAUUCAAAACUAUUACAUUGUUUUACCUAUUUCCUUCGAAAAUCGGUUCUUUGAUAACUUGUUUCUUGCUACAUUCGGAGGCAUAGCGAACGAAUAAUCCAAAAGUGAAAAAAGUAAAAUGCCAGCCGUACCAGGAAGUGUAUAUGGGCAAAAUCAACAGCCCUCUUGCUUCGAUCGCAUGAAGACUGGGUUCACUAUCGGGUUUUGCGUUGGAAUGGCCAGCGGUGCACUUUUUGGUGGGUUCUCGGCUUUGAGGUACGGACUUCGCGGACGUGAGCUCAUCAACAACGUGGGCAAAGUCAUGAUUCAAGGUGGAGGCACAUUCGGCACAUUUAUGGCUAUUGGUACUGGUAUCAGAUGUUAAAAUAGAAUAAAAAUAAAAUCCAAUAAACUCACCA